CAUUGCUGGAGGGCUGCUCCGCUCGCUCGUACUGCGAUCUGCAGAGAUGUAGAAUUUCCUCCUCCCCUCCCUCUGCCAUCUCUGCUCUGAUGGAGACUUCUUCACACACAGCAGCUCUGCUCUCAGGCCUGUCCUCUGCCUGCAACACAGAGGGAAAAGAUUAACACUCUCCUGCCUGUCCUAAUCCUACACUGACUGCAGCUCAUGUAAGUAACACAUUACUAACACUGUCUCUGAUGAGGAGGGGGAGGAGAGGGACCAGCAGCCAGAAGGACAGCACACUGAUAAUAUAAAGGGAUCCUAAUCAGCUUCUAAGAUGUCGUCUCGAAAUUCACAUAGAGAUGAUGCUGAACGCUACCUUUUUGUCGAUCGAAAUCCUGUGACUAUCACCGCCACCCAGGCUGACUGGACAGCAAAGAAGCAGGUGUGGGUACCCUCUGAGAAGCAUGGGUUUGAAGCUGCCAGCAUUAAAGAGGAACGGGGUGAUGAGGUGGUGGUGGAGCUAGCAGAAAAUGGCAAAAAAGUAGUGAUCAACAAGGAUGACAUUCAAAAGAUGAACCCACCCAAGUUUACCAAGGUAGAAGACAUGGCAGAAUUAACCUGUCUAAAUGAGGCAUCUGUUCUGCACAACUUAAAGGAUCGCUAUUACUCCGGACUCAUCUAUACAUAUUCAGGUCUCUUCUGCGUUGUGAUUAAUCCAUACAAGAACCUGCCUAUAUAUACAGAACAGAUAGUGGAAAUGUAUAGAGGAAAGAAACGACAUGAAAUGCCACCACACAUAUAUGCAAUAUCAGAAACUGCCUACCGCAGCAUGCUUCAAGAUCGGGAGGAUCAAUCAAUUCUUUGCACUGGAGAAUCCGGAGCAGGAAAAACAGAGAACACAAAGAAAGUAAUCCAGUUCUUGGCUCAUGUUGCCUCUUCACACAAGGGCCGUAAAGAGCAGAUGGAAUCUUUCAAAUCUGUCAAACACAAGAACUCCAGUGCUAUGUCAUAUGGAGAACUUGAGCACCAGCUUCUGCAAGCAAACCCCAUAUUAGAAGCUUUCGGCAAUGCCAAGACUGUGAAAAACGAUAACUCUUCACGAUUUGGAAAAUUUAUCAGAAUUAAUUUUGAUGUAGCUGGAUACAUCGUUGGAGCCAACAUCGAAACCUAUUUACUGGAAAAGUCUCGAGCUAUCCGUCAAGCUAAGGAUGAAAGAGCAUUUCAUGUUUUUUAUCAACUUCUAGCAGGAGCAGGAGAGCAUGUGAAAACUGACUUGUUACUGGAAGGCUUCAAUCAGUAUCGCUUUUUGUCCAAUGGAAACAUCACUAUUCCUGGACAGCAAGAUAAAGAGAUCUUCCAGGAGACAAUGGAGUCCAUGAAAAUCAUGGGAAUUAACCAUGAAGAAAUCAUGUCUAUGCUGAGGAUGGUGUCAGCAGUCCUUCAGUUUGGUAAUAUUAUUUUCCGGAAGGAGAGGAAUAACGACCAAGCAUCCAUGCCAGAUAACACAGCUGCUCAGAAACUGUGUCAUCUCUUGGGACUCAAUGUGACAGAAUUUACUCGUGCCAUAUUGAUGCCAAAGAUUAAAGUAGGGCGAGAUUAUGUCCAGAAGGCACAAACUAAGGAACAGGCUGACUUUGCUGUGGAAGCACUCGCCAAAGCUUUGUAUGAACGGCUUUUCCGUUGGCUGGUUCAUCGCAUUAAUAGAGCUCUGGAUAGAACAAAGAGACAAGGUGCCUCAUUCAUAGGAAUUCUGGACAUAGCUGGCUUUGAAAUCUUUGAGCUUAACUCAUUUGAACAGCUCUGUAUUAACUAUACCAAUGAGAAACUUCAGCAGCUCUUUAACCACACCAUGUUUAUACUGGAGCAAGAGGAGUACCAACGCGAAGGCAUCGAGUGGAACUUUAUUGACUUUGGUCUGGAUCUGCAGCCUUGUAUUGAUUUGAUUGAAAGACCGGCAAAUCCUCCAGGUGUUCUGUCACUUCUAGAUGAAGAGUGCUGGUUUCCAAAGGCCACUGAUAAAAGUUUUGUAGAGAAGGUCAUCCAAGAACUUGGCACACAUCCAAAAUUCCAGAAACCAAGGCAACUCAGAGACAAGGCUGAUCUAUGCAUAAUCCAUUAUGCCGGGAAGGUGGACUACAAAGCCGAUGAAUGGCUGAUGAAGAACAUGGAUCCUCUGAACGACAAUGUUGCAACUCUUCUUCACCAGAGUACUGACAAAUUCACAGCAGAGCUUUGGAAAGAUGAUAUCCAGAAUAUUCAGGCAGUUUAUUUCUUUGACACCUAUGCUGUGCUACCACAGGGCCCAGGUGAAAUUGAUAGAAUUGUUGGACUGGACCAAAUGACUGGAAUGGCUGAGAUGUCUGGAUUUGGCUCCUCAUACAAAACAAAGAAAGGAAUGUUCCGCACAGUUGGGCAACUUUAUAAAGAAUCUCUGUCUAAGCUUAUGUCUACACUAAGGAACACCAAUCCCAACUUUGUCCGUUGUAUAAUCCCUAACCAUGAAAAGAGGGCUGGAAAAUUGGAACCUCACUUAGUGCUUGACCAGUUACGCUGUAAUGGAGUCCUAGAAGGGAUCCGUAUCUGCAGACAAGGCUUUCCAAACAGAAUUAUCUUCCAGGAAUUCAGACAGAGAUAUGAGAUCCUAACACCAAAUGCUAUCCCCAAAGGAUUUAUGGAUGGCAAACAAGCAUGUGCAAUUAUGAUUAAGUCUUUAGAGUUGGACCCCAAUCUGUACCGCAUAGGACAGAGUAAAAUCUUCUUCCGAGCUGGAGUGUUAGCUCACCUGGAAGAAGAGCGAGAUCUCAAAAUCACAGAUAUAAUUGUUCUCUUCCAAGCAGCUUGCAGAGGAUACCUGGCCAGGAAAGCUUUUUCAAGGAGACAACAACAAAUGAGUGCAUUGAAGGUGGUUCAGAGAAACUGUGCUGCGUAUCUUAAGUUGAGACAUUGGCAGUGGUGGAGAUUAUUUACUAAGGUGAAGCCCUUACUACAAGUAACUCGACAGGAUGAAGUGAUGCAAGCAAAGGUAGUGGAACUUCAGAAGGUCAAAGAUUCCCACCUGCAGACAGAGAUGGAACUGAAAGACAUGGGAAGCAAAUAUCAGCAAUUAAUAGAAGAAAAGAACAUUUUGGCUGAACAGCUUCAAGCUGAAACAGAGCUGUUUGCUGAAGCAGAAGAAAUGAGAGCCAGACUUGCAGCAAAGAAGCAGGAGCUAGAGGAAAUCUUGCAUGAUUUGGAGUCUCGAGUGGAAGAGGAGGAGGAACGGAACCUGCAGUUACAAAAUGAAAAGAAGAAGAUGCAGCAACAUGUGCAGGACUUGGAGGAGCAGCUAGAGGAAGAGGAGACUGCUCGUCAGAAACUGCAGCUGGAGAAAGUAACAACAGAAGGAAAAUUUAAGAAGAUGGAAGAAGAUAUUCUCUUGCUGGAAGACCAAAAUGCCAAACUCAUUAAGGAAAGAAAAUUGAUGGAAGAUAGAAUUGCUGAUUUUACGUCAAACAUGGCAGAAGAAGAAGAGAAAAUAAAGAGUCUAAGCAAACUUCGCACUAAGUAUGAAGCCGUCAUUGCAGAUAUGGAAGAUCGUCUAAAGAAAGAAGAAAAAGGCAGACAGGAGAUGGAAAAAAUGAAAAGAAAGUUGGAUGGAGAAACAUCAGAUUUACAGGAUCAGAUUUUAGAGCUUCAACAGCAAAUUGAGGAAUUAAAACAACAACUGGCCCGUAAGGAAGAAGAGCUGCAAGCUGCACUUGCUAGAAUUGAAGAAGAAGCAAGCCAAAAGAAUAGUUUACUGAAACAGCUUCGGGAACUCCAAUCACAAAUCUUAGAAUUACAAGAAGACUUGGAAUCUGAAAAGGCUUCUCGAACAAAAGCGGAGAAGCAGCGUCGGGACCUUGGGGAAGAGCUGGAAGCAUUGAAGUCCGAACUUGAAGACACUCUAGAUUCUACUGCUACACAGCAGGAACUUAGGGCAAAACGGGAACAGGAAGUGACUGAUCUGAAGAAGACAAUUGAAGAAGAAGCUAAAACACAUGAGGCUCAAAUUGUGGAAACCAGACAGCGCCACACACAAGCUCUGGAGGAGCUCUCAGAACAACUUGAACAAUCAAGAAGAUUCAAAGUGAAUCUGGAGAAAGUAAAACAGACAUUAGAAAGCGAGAAUGCUGACCUAGUAAAGGAAGUCAAAAAUCUUCAUGCUACAAAACAAGACUCAGAACAGAAGCGAAAGAAAUUAGAAGGACACGUUUCAGAACUCCAAGUCCGAGUCUCCGAGAGCGAGAAGGCAAAAGCUGAAUUGGCAGAAAAGCUACAGAAACUACAGGCUGAAUUGGAUGGUGUGUCUGGUGCAUUGGGAUCCACAGAAAGCAAAUCCAUUAAACUAACCAAAGAUCUGUCUACUGUGCAAUCACAGUUGCAAGAUACCCAGGAAUUAUUGCAAGAGGAGACAAGACAGAAGCUAAACUUAAGCUCUAGAGUAAAACAAUUGGAAGAUGAGAAAAAUAACCUGUUGGAGAACCUUGAGGAAGACGAAACUGCCAAGGCUCAACUCAACCGUCAGAUUCAGGCACUGCAACAACAGCUAUUUGAUUCAAAGAAAAAGAUGGAGGAGCAUGGAGGUGCAGUGGAGGGCCUGGAAGAAGCCAAAAAGAAAUUAGCUAAAGAGGUAGAGUUGAUGCACCAACGUUUUGAUGAAAAGCAUCAAGCCAAUGACAAGCUGGAAAAGACCAAGAACCGUUUGCAACAAGAGCUGGAUGACCUUAUGGUUGAUCUGGAUCAUCAGCGGCAAAUUGUUUCAAAUCUGGAAAAGAAACAGAAGAAGUUUGACCAGAUGUUAGCAGAAGAGAAGAAUAUAUCAGCUCGCUAUGCUGAGGAGAGAGAUAGAGCAGAAGCAGAGGCCCGUGAGAAGGAAACAAAGGCUUUGGCUCAGAGUCGUUUACUGGAAGAAGCACUUGAUCAAAAGGAUGAACUGGACAGACAGAACAAGUUGCUGCGGGCAGAAUUGGAUGACCUGAUUAGUUCCAAAGACGAUGUUGGCAAAAAUGCUCAUGAAUUGGAAAGAGCUAAAAGAGCACUGGAGCAACAAGUCCAAGAAAUGAAAACCCAGAUAGAAGAACUAGAGGAUGAACUUCAGGCCAUUGAAGAUGGAAAACUCCGCCUGGAAGUUAAUAUGCAGGCCAUGAAAGCGCAGUUUGACAGGGAUCUCCAAAACCGUGAUGACUCAAAUGAUGAAAAGAAGAAACUCUUAAUAAAGCAGGUGCGAGAUCUAGAGGUUGAAUUGGAUGAAGAACGCAAGCAGAAGGCUCAAAUUCUAGCUGGCAAGAAAAAAUUGGAGAUGGACCUUCAGGACAUGGAAAGUCAAAUUGAUGCUGCUAACAAGGGACGAGAAGAAGCAGUUAAACAGCUAAAGAAAUUACAGCUCCAGUUGAAAGAAGUAUGGCGUGAAGUGGAGGAGACUCGGUCAUCUCGAGAGGAAAUGUUCAUUCAGUCUAGAGAGAAUGAGAAGAGACUGAAGAGUUUAGAAGCAGAACUUCUCCAGCUACAGGAGGACUUGGCAGCUGCAGAAAGAGCAAAAAGACAAGCUCAACAGGAAAGAGACGAUCUGGCUGAUGAACUGGCUAAUGGUGUCAGUGGCAAAUCCGCUCUUUUGGAUGAAAAGCGAGCAUUGGAAGCUAGGAUUGCUCAGCUCGAGGAAGAGUUGGAUGAGGAGCAAAGUAAUAUGGAGCUUCUUAAUGACAGAUAUAGGAAGUACACACUGCAGGUGGAGACAAUGACCACUGAGUUGGCAGCAGAGAGGAGCUUCUCACAGAAGGCAGAGAAUGCACGUCAGCAAAUGGAAAGACAAAACAAGGAGCUCAAAGUGAAAUUAAGUGAGAUGGAUUCUACGGUCAGGUCAAAAUACAAGAUUACUAUUGCAUCCCUGGAGUCUAAGAUUGCUCAGCUGGAGGAGCAAAUGGAACAAGAAUCAAAGGAGCGUGUUUUGGCUAACAAACUGGUAAGACGUGCUGAAAAAAGACUUAAGGAGGUCCUCUUACAAGUAGAAGAAGAGAGAAGGAAUGCGGAUCAGUUUAAGGAUCAGCUGGAAAAAGCAAAUAUCCGCAUGAAGCAGCUGAAACGCCAGUUGGAGGAAGCAGAAGAGGAAGCAUCAAGAGCAAAUUCUAACCGCCGCCGACUGCAGAGGGAACUGGAAGAUGUAACAGAAUCUGCCGAGUCUAUGAAUCGAGAGGUGACUACACUUAGGAGCCGAUUAAGCAAAUUAGAGCGGCAGCAGCGCAAGAGGGCACCAAUUCAGUUUACCACCAGAACCAUUCGUCAAGUAUACCACCUUGAAGCCGUUUCUGACGAGGAACCAGAAACAAAUAGUGGAGAGCCAUCAACCAACCAUCAGCAGCAGCCACAACAACAACCUCAGCCUGAAUGACGCCCUGACAUGAACAGGGAAGGGCAGAGGUUCUAACUCUACCCUAAACCUAAAAACAGACUGGUUAAAUAGAAAUGAACAUAGCUCAUAGGCUGCUCACUUCAAAAUGGCUUGAUGUGACUAAACACCCCAUAUGAGUGCACUUAAUCAUUUGCUUUCUUAUCUCAGCCACAAUUUUCUCAGAGCACUUGAUAUGGUAUUAACUCGUGUUUUUGGCAGGGUGAGAGCAUACACGUUUCUGGUCACAUAGACAAAAUAAUAUGGAGCACACAGACAUAUGAAUCUCAGUAUGUGUCAUAAUAACCCAGCGCUUUUAUUAUUAGUUUGCCAUAAAACGUCCUCUGAGUUCCAUUUACAUUACUUUACAGUUUACAUUUAUUCUCCUUAAUAAAAUAUGUUUUUUUGCUCUUCUCCAGUCGAGCUACAACUCGGUGUUUGAUGUAAAAGUGACCACUCUGUAAUCCGCAAUUUUAAAGGUAUCUUCAGUUGAUGCUGGUAUGGUAAGCCCUAACCAUGGCAUUCACUUCAAAGAAAUCCAGUCAUUGAAUACUUGUGCACAAGGAAAAAGCUUACACUGUAAUGUAGAGCACACCACAAUCAUUUAGAAAAUAUCAAUCAUUUUAUUAAACACAAAUAAUAAACAUACCACAGGUUAAGUAUACAAACAUCUAAAAUCAAUUAAAAAGCUCACAAAGAGCUGCAGCACAAUCCCGGAGAGAGGCCAUGACCCCUGGGAAUGUGACCCCGUCCUAAUAAAUGGAAACAGUAUUGCACCCAACCAGACUGUAAAUAAGAAAUGAAUAUAGCCAGCUAUCAACUGUGAGUCAGUGAAUAACUAAAUGAAGUGCAUACAAAGUGGAUGUAACAGAAUACCUAAAAAUAAUAUAUAUGUGACAUCCCCGUUUUCAUACUUAAGUCAUUGAAUACUAAACAUCAAAUAUAACACUAAAUAAUAUACCCCCUUCCCUAAGCUUCAAGAUUCAUUUCAUUCCUUAACGGUGUAUAGAUCAUUUUAUACUUAGAUACAGACAUAGAGUCUUGAUUUUAUUGCCUCCCUAUAGUAAACCUGCACAAUAUGCAUGUAGUUUAAGAUAACGCUCAGUGCUUUGGUUAUCCUUAUGUAUUGUUUUUUUUUUCUCUUCCUGCUGCUGUUGUUUGGAACUUCUUCUCUAAUAAUUUUUGUACAGAGAAGCAGCUAACAUAUUAAUAAUUACAUGUUAACAUAGCCACUCAUGGAAAUACAGUCUUCCAACCUUUCACUACUGUCUAGGUUGAUAUGUCUAAUAAUAAGUAAGUCAUAGGUAAGAGAGCGAAGCCCAGACUGUGUGGUGAAGACUAUUAUUGGACUUUGGUACCCUGAAACUGAAUUUAGAAGCUUUCUUCAGUUCUAAGCUAUGAUUGCUUAAUUUGUUUUUCAAAAUUACUAUAAUGAGAGCUGCUUAUUAUCGGUGCCUUAGUGAUUGUUAAUAUGUCUCUUUUAAGGGUUCUUCUAUAUUCUCAUGUUUAGAUGUCUUGGUGUUUGAAAAGUCUUCCUUACUUUUAGCUGUAAAUAUAAACAGAGAGCAUGGCCGCUAUUUAACGGACAGAAGUUUAAAGGGGUACUCCACCCCUAGACAUCUUAUCCCCUAUCCAAAGGAUAGGGGAUAAGAUGUCUAAUCGCGGGGGUCCCGCCGCUGGGGACCCAAGCAAAAUAGCAUGCGGCACCCACCUGUUUCUGCUCCAGAAGCGCUGGAGGGUCUGGGUCACGACCACGGGAACAGAAGAUCGUGACGUCACGCCCGCCCCCUAAAUGCAAGUCUAUGGGAGGGGGCGUGAAGUUAUGGAAAACUGUAAAAAUGCCGGUUAAACUGGACUGGAUUAUUAUAACAAAAUUAGACUAUAUGGACUGUUGAUCUAAAUCAUAUUGAGCUCAGACAAAAAUGUUCUUGAGAGCUUUAUUGCUUUAUUGAAAGCUUAAAACAUUACUAUCGUUUUGGCUGGCGGUAGGAUACCGGGGAAAUGAAAAAUGCUGUCCCUCAAGUAUGGGACUUCUAGAGUGGGACAUCAAGCAGUCCUUCUGAUGAUGUAAGUAUCUGAGCUAGUCUCAGGCAUCGGGAAAGCGCUUUUAGUUUUGCCCAUAUUCUGCUGCCGGACGAAAAGAUAGUUACUAUAGGAAGCUAUGGGAAGGUCACUAUAGGAAGCAAAAUGAUCAUAAUUCAUCUAUUGUCGACAUCUCUGCUCAAAGCCUAUUAACAGGAUUUUCAGGUUCAUUAAAAAAAAAAAAAAAAUUUAUAUUUUUCUUUUUAAUCAAAAGAUGUAUUUUUAAUAUGAUUCUAAAAAGUUCAGUUAUUUUCAUUAGCUUUA